AUGGCCGGCUCCCAGCUCAAGCGCCUAAAGGCGUCGUUGAGAGAACAAGGAAUUACAGGUCCUCAAAAGUCCAAGAAGCAGCGACGGAAGCUGGCUCAAGAUGACCAGUCUCGGAACGAAAAGCGUCUGCAGAGAGGCGUUGUUCUGGAGGGCAUCCGAGAGCAAUUCAAUCCGUUCGACCUCAAGCAUGCUGCGCGCGGGCCCAAAUUCGAGGUGACUACCAAUAGGCCGAAGCCUGGAAACGGUGCCAUCAAGGGACGGCCUGGUUUGGCCAAAGCUGCCGCGGAGGAAAAGCGCAAGCAAACCCUCCUCGUGGAUAUGCAGCGCCGUCACAAGGUCGGUGGUAUUCUAGAUCGGCGAUUCGGCGAGAACGACCCAACGAUGACUCCUGAAGAAAAAAUGCUGGAAAGAUUUGCCAGAGAAAAGCAGAAAUCACACAAGAAGAAUUCUCUUUUUGAUCUGGAGGACGACGAGCCAAUGGAUGGCUUGACACAUAUGGGACGAACCUUGGCCUUUGAUGACCAGGAAGACCUGGUGGACGACUUUAACGAAGGUGAUCUCGAGGAGGAUGGCGAAGACAGUGAUGGAUCAAGCCGCGAGAAGCGACUUAAGCGUCUGCGCGCCAUCAUUGCAGCAGGUGAGGAGGAGGGCGAUGAGGGGGAACCCGAGCGCAAAAAGACAAAGAAAGAGGUCAUGGAAGAAGUCAUCGCAAAAUCAAAGCUUCAUAGAUACGAGCGACAGGCGGCCAAGGAUGAUGACGAUGACCUCCGGAUGCAGCUCGACAAGGAACUUUUCGAUAUCCGACAACUGCUUACUUCUGGUCUCAAUGGUGCAAAGCACCAGGAGAAUAUGCCAUUAUCUGCCAUUGCAGGUGUCGAACGAGACACCUUUGACAAGAAUUUCGAUAUUGAAGUCAAACGACUGGCUCAAGAUAAGAGGGCGCAGCCAUCCAAUCGCACCAAGACAGACGAGGAAAAGGCAGAAGAAGAGUCCACCCGACUCAAGAAACUUGAGGAAAAACGCCAGAAGCGCAUGAUGGGUGAAGAAGUAUCAGACAGCGAUGACGACGAAGACGAAAAGAAACGUGACGCUUCUGGCGAUAUGGACGCUGCUGAAGAGGAGGAGGAGGAGGAUGGAUUCGGCCUGGGACAGGGUAUCAAGACUAGACCAACAGCGACCGAGCUGGGCUUCGAUGACGAAGAUGAUUUCAUCAUCGAAGACGACCUGGUGGCUAGUGGAUCCGAUUUAGAUCUCGCGGACAGUGACGACGACUUUGACAAUGACGGAGAAGAAGAAGAUGAUGAUGGCUCUACCGGCCAAGUUGAGAAUAACGAAGACGACGAUGACGAAUUUACAAAGGGUUUGUUGAACGAAGCAGAAAUCAAAAACCCCAUAUUUCAAGCAAACUUCUCUUCCAACGACAAGAACGACGAGGACGGAUUACCAUUCACAUUCCCUUGCCCUCAAUCAUGCUCCGAGUUUGUGUCCAUCACCAAAGAUUACGACCACGCAAAUCUGCCAAAAAUUGUCCAGCGCAUUCGAGCGCUACACCAUCCCAAACUUGACAGCAAGAACAAGGAGAGACUAGCAAAUUUCGCUGUGGCCUUGGUGGAUUUUGUGGCUCUUCCUUGGAAUGCAGAGACAUCACCACCUUUCUCCGUCUUGGAAAGCCUUGUGCGUCACAUUCACUCUCUUUCCAAGAUGUUUCCAAUCGAAAUUGCCAGGCAGUUCCGGCAUCACCUUGGAGAGAUCAGCCAGACUCGGCCCAUUGCGCUGCAGCCUUCGGACUUGACGCUCCUUACAGCGAUUGGAACCAUAUUCCCAACGUCCGAUCAUUUCCACCAGGUUGUAACCCCAGCAAUGCUAACAAUUGGCCGGUACAUUGGCCAGAAGGUGCCUCGAGAGAUGUCGGAUUACGCCAUCGGGACAUAUUUGUCCAUCCUAGGCUUGCAGUAUCAGCAAUUGGCCAAGCGUUAUGUUCCUGAGGUGAUGAAUUUUUCUCUCAACACAAUCUGCUCCCUUUCACCAACAGCCCCAUCGCUUCUCUUGGGUAACUUUCCGGUACACGAACCUCCAGCCGGAAGCCGCAUUCAAAAAGCCAGGGCUGUUGAGUUAAAGCGUCUAAACUUCUCCGAUUGCUUGCCUGAAAAUUCGCAGGAGGGCGGCAAGGCUCUUAAAAUUUCUCUGCUCACCACAUCCAUUCAACUACUCGACGCCGCUGCAGACUUGUGGACGGGCAGGUCUUCGUUUUUGGAGACUUUUAGCCAAGCAAUUGACGUUUUGAAGCACGUCAACAGCAAGGCAUCACGCGAGCAUCUCCCUGUAGCCGUCAGUGAGAAAGCAGAGAGACUAGAGGAAAAGCUGAAGCGGAUGUCUCGAGUUUCACAGCUAUCCCGUCGGCCACUAGAGCUUCACCAUCACAAGCCCCUCGCGAUCAAGACAUAUAUACCCAAGUUCGAGGAGACGUUUGAUCCUGAUAAGCACUAUGAUCCCGAUCGUGAGAGGGCGGAAAUGGCCAAACUCAAGGCCGAGCACAAGAAGGAGCGCAAGGGCGCCAUGCGGGAGCUGCGGAAGGACGCCAACUUCAUGGCGAGAGAGAAUCUCCGGAUCAAGAAGGCGAAGGACGAAGCUUACGAGAAGAAGUACAAGAGGCUCGUUGCAGAGAUUCAGAACGAGGAGGGACGAGAAGCGAAUGCGUACGAGAGGGAGGCCAAGGCACGGAAGCGA